GCAUCUCUGGGAAGACUUUUUUCUUCUUCCCCCACACCAACCAACCUCUCUCUCUCUCUCUCUCUCUCUCUCUCUCUCUCUCAUUAUCUCAGUUCAUGGACAAAAGUGGAAAUGCCCACUUCAUCAAUAUUGACCUUCUAGCUACCAAAUUCAAUUUCAGCGACAACCGAUCUGCGAAAGAGCCAUUGAUCCUGAGGUCGACUACACGGAAGCAUGAAAUGAUGGAAGCCGAGAUGGAUGGGAGCCGGCAUGGCGCCGUCUCUGCAGCGGUGGCAGCGACAUCGGCUGCUGGACGUGAAGAUAGAGUGGUUAACGAAUUGAACUUCUUCGCCAUUGACAAAAGCUCGAGAGAAGAAGCAAGCUCCGCAUCCGCAGUCAAGAGCGAGAACGUGGAGGAGAGUGUAGAGGAGGAUAAGGAGAUGAAACUCAAUACGGGAUUGAAUCUUCUCACAGAGAAUAUCGGUAGCGACAAAUCGCUUGUUGAUGAAGAAGCACCGGGCAAUGAACAUAAGUGCCUGAACUUAACUGAGAUGGCAGUCUUGAAAGCUGAAUUAGACAGGAUGAACAUAGAAAAUCAACGCCUGAAGAGCAUGAUUUAUCAGGUCAACAACAACUGCCAUGCCUUGCAAGGCCACCUCCUUUCAUUAAUGCAAAGGCAUGGGGCGAAUCCUCCAGCCGAGACCGCCGAUUCUGACAAGGUAUUUGUCAACGUGAAUGGAAGAACGUUAGAGGAUCGCGAGAAAUUCCCCGGAAAGGAUGAGAAUUCACAAUCAUUUUCUGGAGAUAAAACACGGGAUGGCUUGGGAUCGCCUCAUAACAAUAUAGUGGAGUCGAUGGAGUACUUCAAGACGCCAAGGGAAAGCUCUGCGAACGAAGUCACGCCGUUCCGAGAUCCUAACAAAAGUGAAUCCAUUGAUCAUAGACAGAGGAGGGAUGAUGCUCCAUGGUCUCCGACUAAAGUGCAGAAAAUCGGUUCCUCCGCCGAUCAAGCAGCUGAAACCAUGGCCAUGAUUAAGAAAGCCCGGGUGUCGGUUCGAGCACGCUCGGAGGCAGCCAUGAUUGCAGACGGCUGUCAGUGGAGGAAGUAUGGGCAAAAGAUGGCGAAAGGAAACCCAUGCCCUCGAGCUUAUUAUCGCUGUUCUAUGGCGAUCGGCUGUCCAGUUCGCAAGCAGGUACAAAGAUGUGCAGAAGACAAAACAAUUUUAGUAACAACAUAUGAAGGACAGCACAACCACCCGCUCCCCCAAGCUGCAGUGGCCAUGGCAUCAACCACUUCGUCGGCUGCAUCGAUGAUUCUCUCGGGUUCAAUGGCAAGUUCAGAUGGGAUGAUAGCCAACUCGCAUUACAUCACCGGAACAGCAUCGUUUCCCGGUUCACUGCCAAGCCUGGCCACGCUCUCCGCGACUGCACCGUUUCCUACCGUCACAUUGGACCUCACACACACCGCCCCCACUAAUGAUACCAUUACCAACCCCAUGAAGCUUCAAAGGCCGUUGUUCUUGGGUUCCGCCAUGCAAAGCCAAGUAGGUUACGCCUUAAACCAGUCUGAACUUCUUCAAGUGUUGAGCAAUCAGAUGAACCAAGCCCCGUCUGAUAUGGCCAACACGGGUGGCACGACGGCAGCCAUCACAGCAGACCCGAACUUCACGGCAGCUCUCGUGGCGGCUAUUGCCUCAGUUGUGGGCGGCAUUCAUCCGAACCAUGGCGGUGCUAGUGACGAUGUCAUCACAAGAAGUCGCAUCAAUGAGAAUACAUGAUAUAAAGAACUAAUUUUGUGGGAAAGCCCCCGUUUGGCUCCCUCUUGUUUUUUGUUCUCGUCCAAGGAUAAAACGAUUUAUCUCAUGCAACUUCCCUAUUUGCCUUUCACUCA